GGAAGGGGUUCAUCUAUCCUGUCUAAUUUGAGUGGGCCGCCAACAGGUCCAGAUAACAAACAGCUAUCCGGCUGGGGCCUUGGCUGCCGCCGGACAGACUUAAUUAACGCUCCCUCCCACUUCCAUCUUCCAAAUUGGAGGCCAUAGUCCAUAGACAUUGCUUGAAAAUUUCAAGCUGCCGGCACCGCUGAGUGGGGAGCAGUGUGGAAAGCUAACCUUGACCGGAACUAUUUUAUUCGCAGCCGUACUAGGAGGAGGAGGAGGAGGAGGAGGAGGAAGGCCUGUUUGGGUUGAAAUUAAAAUGGAGAAAUCCUAACAAAUGGCAGGUGAAUUGCGUAGGCGGACAAGCGCACCGUCCAACAACUACACCCAAACACUGACUAAUUAAUACGGUACCCAUCCCACUUUACUUUACAUCGUCCUGUACCUUACUUACCUUCUCUCUCGCUCUCUCUCUCUCUCUCUCUCUCUCUCUCUCUCUCGCCAGUACUUAAUCUUUUCAAAUGCCCAUGGAGCCUCUCACCUCUCUCCCUGACCGCUGAUUUUUUCGGAAGACCAAAAUCCAAAAGCCUCUCUCUCUCUCCCCCCCGGUUCUAUCUUAACUUUCUGCAGGUAAGGUAAUCUCUUAUUUUCUGCGGUUGGGCGGUUGGGCAGUUGGUAUGGCGGUUGACUUCCGCGAGAGAGGGAGUCUACUUCCUUCAGAAUUACUCGACGACCACGAUCUUCUCUUGGAUAGCCGCAGCAACGGACCGACAACCGAGUUGAUCUCCGACGGGUUCAGUUCGACUGUGUUCUCUUCGUCGGGGUUGAGCUCGCCGUUCGGAUCCGAGCUCAGCUCGACGGAAACAGAGAGCGAAGUCGAAGAUGACGACAGUUUCCUUGCCGAGCUGACUCGGCAGAUGGCUGAUUAUAUGCUCAAAGAGGACGAUGAAAUCGCCUCUGAGAACCUCAAGAAUUCGUUCGGCCGUAUGCCUGUGUCGCCGGAACACAGAUUCUCCGGCUCCGAGUGCAUGCUGAAUACACAAACUUCAGUCCCUGUGCCUGGUUACCAAGCUUUCGCCGGGGACCAAGCGCGAUCGUUUCAAUUCUACAAGGUGGAGAAUCAGCCGUCUAUAGAACGACAAGGCUAUGGAAGCUGGGGAAAGCAAGUGAAGGGGACUGACAUGCGGAAGCAACAUGGAUCAGCGCCGCCGCCGCCGCCUUGGCCGCCCCUGCAACAGCGUCGUCAACAAUUAAAGCCGCAAGUUGGGUCCGGGUGGGGCAUGAAAGCCGUAUUUCUUAGAAAACCCGGUUCAAGAAGUGGACCCGGCGGCACGGGCGUGUUUCUGCCCCGUGGAUCUGGCGAGCCGACGGAGGUCCGAAAGAAACCCGGGUGUUCGACGGUGCUGAUUCCGACCAGAGUAUUGCAAACCUUGCAACUCCACCACCAAGAUAUGAUUAAUCGGUCGCCGCCCAACCACGGCGGUGGUUUCUCGGCGGAGGAUGUUGCCACGAAAUCGCCGGACCCACCACGUCCAGAGCCGACCAACCAUCACGAGACGGGUCUCCCGCAUGAAUGGACCUAUUGAUCAUUAGUGGUGCUUUCGCCGUUUCGUUCAAGCUUGAAAUUAAUUGAAGCAACUUCAGCCAUUGAACGGAAGAACAUUAUUCAAGUCAAUAAGGAGAAGGGACUGGAUUGGUGGUCGUCUUUCUCUCUUCAUGAAAUCGAAGCAAUUAAUAAUAAUGACGAUAAAUAAUUAUAGCAAUUGAAGUGGAUGAUGAUGGAUGGGGGGGGGGGGGGGGAAUUAGCUAGCUAGGAUUUGUAUUAAAAUGGAGUUUUACGAUAAUUAGGAGGGGGGGGGGGGGUAUAAGCAAGCUAUAUGGGUCGGUUGUGCUAAUGAAAUUAUUUCAUGUAUAGUUUACCAAUUUGGUGUGAUGAAAUGGCUCGUGAGCAUGCAUGUAGCUAAAAUGAUUGAAAUUCAAUGGAUAUACAUCUCACCUCA